GAGAGAGACUUGAAAAAAACAAGUUUUGCAAAGACUCUUAGAGUUAGACAUCAAGGGUCUGAGGACCUCUCUGUUGCAUGGUCUCGUCAUUAACAAAAAGCAGCAAGAGUGGGAGGUUGUGGAGCUCUUGUCAUCCUUGUGCAUGCUGUGUCAGAGCUCGUGAUGAGAGGGUCCCAACAACACUCAUGCUUUCUCUCCCCCCUCCACUUCAACCUCUGAGUUACACUCACUGCUCUUCUUUGGAUUAUUGCUUUUCUUUAUGCUGAAGACGCCUGUGAAGGAUUGAAAGAAGAAUCUGCAAGGAGGGAUUAACUUUGCAACUUUUUCUGUAUUGAAGUCAUGAGAUUUUCUGCAGCUGGAAUAAUGCCUUCGUGCUGGAGUAGAAGCUCCUGGCUUCCAGUGGUGUUUGGUGCUGCGCUGGUUGUUCUCACUGCUGGUAACGCUGGACCGAACCAGGACAGGAGGCAGGCUGGGUCGUCCUCAUGCUUUGGGGGCUUUGACCUCUACUUUGUUUUGGACAAAUCUGGGAGCGUGCAGAAUCACUGGUCAGAAAUCUACAACUUUGUUGAACAUCUAGCUCAUAAAUUCAUAAGUCCACAGUUGCGGAUGUCCUUCAUUGUGUUCUCCACUGAGGGAAGGAUCUUAAUGAGCCUGACAGAAGACAGGGAACGCAUUCGUAAAGGUCUGGAGGAGCUACAGAGGGUUCUUCCAGGGGGGGACACCUUCAUGCAUGAGGGCAUCCUGAGGGCCAGUGAGCAGAUAUACUAUGGAAACACUGAAGGUUAUCGCACUGCCAGUGUUAUCAUAGCUCUGACAGAUGGAGAGCUGCACGAGGACCUUUUCUACUACGCCGAGAGAGAGGCCAACCGAUCACGAAGUCUGGGUGCCUCUGUUUACUGCGUGGGGGUGAAGGACUUCAAUGAGACACAGCUGGCAAACAUUGCUGACAGUAAGGACCACGUCUUCCCAGUAAAUGAUGGAUUUGAGGCUUUGCAAGGAGUCAUCGACUCGAUCCUGAAGAAGUCCUGUAUCGAGAUCCUGGCAGCAGAGCCCUCUAGUAUCUGUGCAGGAGAGUCCUUCCAGGUGGUGGUGAGAGGAAAUGGAUUCCUCCACGCCCGCAACGUCGAUAAGGUCCUAUGCAGUUUCCGCAUCAACGACACCCUCACCAAGAUGGUGAAGCCUUUGAUUGUGGAAGAUACUUAUCUUCUCUGCCCUGCACCAGUACUUCAAGAGGAGGGGAUGGCAGCAAACCUUUAUGUCAGUAUGAACGAAGGUCUCAGUUUCAUCUCCAGUUCGGUCACCAUUACCACUGUGGGCUGUUCUGAUGGGACCAUCCUGGCCAUAGCUUUGCUCAUCCUGAUGCUGCUCCUGAUCUUGGCUCUCCUCUGGUGGUUCUGGCCUCUCUGCUGCACUGUGAUCAUCCAUGAACCCCCUCCGCCAGCUGUGGACGAGAGUUCGGAUGAUGACGACUUUGAAGCCCCUAAGAAGAAAUGGCCGACUGUAGACGCCUCCUACUACGGAGGAAGAGGAGUUGGGGGAAUCAAACGGAUGGAGGUCCGCUGGGGUGAGAAAGGCUCCACCGAAGAAGGAGCAAAGCUGGAAAAGGCCAAAAAUGCCAAAGUUAAGAUGCCUGAUCAGGAUUAUGUGGAGGCCCCCAUGCGAGUUCUCAACAACGGCAUGCACAAACCCCCGGGGCCACGCAAGUGGUACUCACCCAUCAAGAGCAAACUGGAUGCAUUGUGGGUACUUUUAAGAAAAGGCUACGACCGCGUGUCUGUAAUGAGACCUCAUCCAGGUGACAAGGGCAGAUGCAUGAACCUCAUCCGCUCAAAGUCUCCCUCUCAUCGUUACCCCGACUACCACCACCACCCGUCUCCCAUCUACAACCCUCCCAGCAGGAAUCCACCUGCGCCGCAGGGCGACCUUCCUCCGAGCCCCGGCAGCCCUCCAUCAUCUCCAACGUUCUCCACCUGCACUCUUCCGCUGCUGCCUCCAACACCUCCUCCCACCUCCGUCACGCCCCCUCCCACCUCCAUCACGCCCCCUCCUUACACGCCACCUCCCAACCGGGCUCUUCCUCCAACCAACCUGUACAUUCCUGACCCCCUAGCACUCCCACCCACCCCUCCACCCUCUGCCACCCCUCCACCCUCUGCCUCCCCGACUGGGUCCCUGCCUCCUCUUCCACAGGGACCUCCUCCGGGGCGAGCCCCUCCACCUGCCCGCCCACCUCCUCGCCCUGGCCUGUAGAGCUCCCGGAGCAGAUGGUAGAGAAUUUAAUAGGAUUUAAAAAAAGGCAACUCAAGGAUCCCACCAACAAUCAGCACAUGACCAUCCUUGAUUGUACAUGGCGAGGACCUGCGAGUGCCUCGUGCCACGCUCAGUGAACUGUGGCCUUUCUGCCCUGUGAAGUGGACCAGUGAGGACAUGUUUUCAGCUAUUUGUCUACAGUGACUUUUUGUACACAUUUAGCCCAACAGUGCAAUUGCUCGGAUGCUUGAAUUACACAGACAUUCCCUACAAAUGAGGUCAUGCAGGCCGGCUCAGAAACAUUCGCCUCCGUGGUCCUCAGAGCUGCUUCAUGGCCCCGUUGUCCCCUCCAUGCGGACGCACGAUUGUAUGAAUCCUGACCAAGCAGAGGAACAACAGCUUGUACUAAACUAAAGCACAGUCGUGUUCAAAUGAUCACAACACUAAAAUAUGUGCCUGUGUAACAUUUCCUGAUAAGAGAUAAAAGACUCAUGUUUCAAAUGUUCCUCAUACAACAAAUUUAGGAUGAUUAAGAAGAAAAAUCCCCGUUGUUGUACUCUUGAAUGUUGAGCAAUUGCAUGCAAGUGUUUGAGUUGUUCUUUUUUAACAUUUCUACCUUGUUUUAUACAACACAAAUGCAUUUUUAUUUGUACUUUUUAUUGUCGAGCAGACCACAUUUUUCAUGUUAGAAAAACAGCCAUUGCCGAUAAACACAUGUACAGUAUUGAAACAGCAAUGCAACGUAUCUGACUACCGUGCCAAAUUAAACCAGCCGAAUGUGAGUCACAGCUGGCCCAUUUUUUUGUGCACAUCAGGGUGACCAAUGCAUUUUUAGCCCUGUUACUAUAACUGACCUGCAUGACCAAGAUGACUGCAAUCACUGCAUAUGCUCCGUCUAUCAAUAUGUAGACAAGAAUAUGUCAGAGUCAGGGAAACGCUUUGCUCACCGUCUUGUUCAUCAACCCACGGCCUCUAGCAAAGGGGUUUUAUGUAAAUAAUCAUUUUUGAUAUAACCAUGUGUGUUCAGAUAUCUGCGUGUGUGUCCAAAAGAAAGUCUACUACACGGAUUUGUGACAACCAGUGUUUCUUUUGCACAGGGUGAUUUUCAAUUCCUCAAAGCAUGGGACACGAUAAAAGAUAAAAUGUUGUUUCAUGGGUCAUAUAAAGUUCAGUGCAGAUUAAAUUAACGGUUAAUAAUAUGAAGCUGUUCUUUGAUGGUGAUCAGAGUCUCAGUGCAGAUUGCAAGCUCAUCUUAAGCAACCAGAAAGGGUCUUUCACUCAAAGAGUCUUAUAUAAAUGUCAUGGCAACACUGAAAAGACAAAGACUAUGUGUAACUUUCCACCAGUACAGCACAGUGACACCUUGUUUGUUUCAUUCAAAAUGAAAGUAAACAAUUUAAAUGUAUAAAAGUGGAUUCUUUGUCUUUCUGUUACUGAUCUGUAAACUGUCGUGGUUUACUUCCUGACAAUGUACUUUCUAAGCUUUCACCAAAAGGGAUAUUCUGUAACACUCUAAUUGAACUUCUGUAUUCUCUUAUUUCACAGUCGGUUAUACAACAGAUAUUGCUGCAGGGAUCAACGGGUUCACCCUGUGGACAGUGGCUAUUUGCAAAAAAGCACAGAGCACCUCACUCCCUCCCUGUGAUGGAAAAAAAAAAAGAGAGAAAAGAAUAUGCAGAGCACGGCUAACUAAUCCCAGAUGUUCAUAUGUUGCAUUAUGUCACAUGCACGAAUGGAGUGAGCUAUCUUGGAAAAUAUUAGACACCAGCUAAUCCUCAGGAAAUGUGGACAGGCUGCAGGCUAGGUGUCCUGGUGCUAAUCGUGUGUGACAUAAUGUGGGGACAUCGGACGGGACAGAGCGGAGUAACGAGCUUCUGAAUGUCUCAAAGAAAGUGACUUUGAUUAACAUCUGACAAUAUGCAUGAAUGUUUUCUAUCAGGCUGUUUUCAGUGGAUUUUCCAUGUCAGGCAAACUCAGUGCAAGAUGUCACUGAGUCUGC